UUUCACAUUUUUCUCGAAAUUUUCACAUUUUCUCAGAAUUUUCACAUUUUUAUGAAAUUUUCAUAUUUUUCUGAAAUUUUCACAUUUUCUCAGAAUUUUCAUAUUUUCUCGAAAUUUUCACAUUUUUCUGGAAAUUUUCACAUUUUUAUGAAAUUUUCCCAUUUUUAUGAAAUUUUCACAUUUUUCUUGAAAUUUUCACAUUUUUCUAGAAAUUUUCACAUUUUUAUGAAAAUUUCAUAUUUUUCUGAAAUUUUCACAUUUUUCUCGAAAUUUUCACAUUUUUUUGAAAUUUUCACAUUUUUCUGA